CUGGCCCUCCAGAGUUUGGUUUAUUAUUGUACCAAGCACUUCAACCGUUACAGGCCACACAUCAUCAACAGAUUUAUCCAGUAUCAUACAAAAUGACCAAUCAAAUUUUACUAAUAAACAUCGUAGUACUAUUAAUCACUACAGUUAUGUCCCUACUUCCAUCAAUAAAUGGAAAUGUAAUAGACCAAAGAGCAUUACAAAAAGAAUUGAGAGAAAGAAAUCCUGAAAUAAUUUCACUGGAUGAUAAGAUGGACUACCGCGAUUUCGACGAACCAAACGUUAAUGACUAUGUAUUAAAACCUAAGGAUGAUGAACAAAGUUUAGAAAACGCAUUAAUCAAAUAUUUGAUUACUAGGCAGAUAGAAAAUCUACGUGCUCGAAGAACAGAUAUGAUCAGAGCCCAAAAAAAAAAAAGCUAUUGGAAACAAUGCGCUUUCAACGCGGUAUCAUGUUUUGGUUAAACACUAAAUAAGUUGUAAUAUGCUGAUAAAUACCUUAAUAAUGUCUCAAAUCAAUGAUUAUACAUCACAGCUUUGAUCCUAAAUGCUAUCGGUUAUUGUGUACUCUGUUUAUCAUUUUUUUUUUUUUUCUGAAGUGGCAUUGUACCACGAAAGCAUAUUCAUAAUUUGAUAUUUUACUCAUAGAUUUUGUAUCAAUAUGAUAACAUAAGAUUUGUGUAAUAUCAUUUUGGGAUUAAAAAUCACUAAAAUUUA